AUGUUAAAAUUAGGAAAGAAUGUGCAUUUUAAUAUUAUAACAAAUACACAAAAAUAUAAACAAUUUCUUAGAAAUAUAAAUGUAACAUCAUAUAACAAAGAGAAAGAAGAGCCGGUUGCGGAGCCAAAUGUAAUAAUAGAAAAAGAUCAAAACAUUACCUUAAUUGGUCUGAAUCGUCCCGAACAUCGUAAUUCUAUAGAUUCAGCUACCGCAUCACUAUUAUGUGAAGCUUUAAAUAAAUUUGAAGCUGAUGAAACUUCUCCAGUUGCUGUACUCUAUGGAAUUGGAGGGUCAUUUUGUGCCGGUUAUGAUGUAAAAGAACUGGAAGAGCAAAUAGAAAAAGGCAGCCUAGAGUUUUUAUUAAAACGAGACGGUGCUGCAGGUCCAACCCGACGUCACUUACGCAAACCAGUUGUAGCCGGCAUUAAUGGAUUUUGUGUUGGAAAUGGUCUUGAAUUAGCGUUAAUGUGUGAUCUCCGUGUUAUGGAAGAUACUGCUGUAAUGGGUUUCUUUAAUCGUUAUAUGGGUGUACCACUUAGCGACGGUGGCACUGUACGUUUAGCAGCAUCUGUAGGUUAUUCCCGUGCAUUGGACUUAAUUACAACCGGUAGACGCAUAACAGCACAGGAGGCAUUAGAACUUGGUUUAAUUAAUCGUAUAGUUACAACGGGCACAGGUCUUGGCCAAGCAGUGAAUUUAGCUUGUUCCAUAGAAAAAUUUCCAAAUGCCGCACUGCAACAUGAUCGAAAUACUAUGUAUGCAAACGUUUAUGAUAAAAAAGAAUUUCGUAUUGGUGCACAAAAUGAAGUCUUAACUAUAUCCCACGACGUACUUCAGGAAAUGAAGGAGGGUGUCAUAAGAUUUGAAAAAUCAAAAGCCAAAGGCUCCAGAACAAAGAGCUGGGAUAUUAAGCAAAAAUUUAUACCUGAUUGGGAAAAGACAGAAAUAGAACAUGAAGAGCGUUAUGCAAGAGAGAAAAAGAAUAAGAAUAAAUAAUGAAAUAAAAAUUAAAUUAUAGAAUAUUAUAUAUUUAUAGUUAAGCUUUAAAAAAAUUUGUGUUAAUACACUCAUUUUGGCAAUUUUUAUGUACCUUUUUUUAAACGUAGUUAACUGUUAGUCUAUGGCAAAAAUCUAUGUAAUUCUAUUAA